AUGCCCGGCAAACGAACUGCGUCUGGUGAACCCGACGGCACUCCUGUGAAACAACACAAGACGGACCGCCCUGAAGAGUUCUCUAAGCAGGUCAGAACAAAGUUGCAGACUUCGACGAGAACCGGCCAGGCGUGCGAUAGAUGUAAGGUCCGCAAGAUCCGAUGCGAUGGACUUCCUGGAGGAUGCUCUCCAUGUCUCGCAAAUAAUACAGAAUGUCGAACUACCGAUCGUAUCACUGGCCGCGCUACCCAGAGAGGAUAUGUCGAGGGCCUCGAGCAUGCGAAGCACAACCUAGAGCAGAGAGUUCGCGAAUUAGAACAGAAAUGUAUACAAAAUGGGCUCGAUGUCAAGCCAUCGAACGAAUACUGCGAAGCUGCACCUCCCAACUUUACUUUCAAUCAUCCAUCGAGUGCACAGGCUCCGGUGUGGAGUCCGGUAACAUCGGCAUAUGCCCCUCAAGUUGACAAUGCUAUGGCGUCUCAACAUCAGAGCGUGGACAUGCUUUCCACAUUGCCUAAUUCGCGAACUGAAGCCGGGCUGGAUGAGCACCUGGGCGUCUCUAUGGACAGUUUAUAUUUGAGCGAAAUCAAAGGCACGGCACUCUCUAUCCUGGGAAUGACCAUAGAUAUCGCGGAUUUCCAAUCUGAUGACAUGGACGAGCCAGAAAAAAUCUCGUCACAUCAGACAAUAUAUAACAAGUCAUACCAAGCGUUCCUACAAUCUACGCUCAACAUUAAUCCUAGGUUGGAGGGGGUGAAUUUGCCACCAAAAGAGGAAGCUUUUACGUAUUGCAUGUGGUAUUUCCGUGUAAUAAAUCCAUUUGUACCUUUGCUUCACAAACCGACCUUUAUGAAGCUGUUGACAUCUUGGUAUGACGAUCCGACCUUCAGACCUUCAGUUGCAGAAACCGUUAUCGUCCACAUGGUCCUCGCUAUAAUGUUCUUUCAAUACGCCACACGUAACCGGAAAGACCCCGAACAACACCGGAUACUUACCAACACUUCCAACAAGCACUAUCACUACUCCCUCAGCUUCUUCUACCAGAUCUGCGUUAGCCGCACAGCAAAAGAUUGCCAGGCCUUAACUCUGAUAUGCGUGCAUCUCCGGAACUUUCCAAAGCCCGGCGCCAGCUGGAUGUUGACGCAAAUUGCAAUGUCACAAGCGAUUGAGUUGGGACUUCACCGAUCAGCCAAGAAAUGGGUUAGCGAUGAUCCCCCGAACCCUUUAGAUGAGGAAAUGCGAAAGCGCACAUUCUGGACAUUGCUCACAAUCCAUGUAACCCUAGCUGGGAAGCUUAACCGUCCAAUGACAUUCAGGCUUGAAGAUUUUGACUGUGAAUUGCCGGAAGAAGUGGACGACGAACUGCUCUCUGAAAACGGGCUAGACACCACGAGGCCAGGCAAAUGUCUCCAUAAGAUUGGAGUGCACGCAUUUCGUCUCGUACCUCUCUUCAUAGAGAUGUUCAAUACGAUAUACGCCAUUCGCCGCCAACCAGAUACCUACAUGUCUACUGUUCAUUCUCUAGAGGCGAAACUUGCAACUUGGAAGGAAAGCUUCCCACGAGAACUUCGAAGCGAAGAAAUAGGUCAAGAUGAACAAGAGCGUCGCGUAUUUCGCCUCUACACAGAGACAUGGGAGCAAGAAUACCGCCUUCUUCUGCGGCAUCCAUCUGUCGCGGGAACUACUGAUGCCACAUUCAGGUCUGAAAGCAUGAGGCUUUGCGUUGAAUCUUGUCGCAACAUGCUCCGAUCAGUCCAACAACUGCGCAAAUACAAAAGUUUGGAUACGACUUGGUACCAAAGUGCUGUCUAUGUCCUGGCGAUUACUACCACGCUUUUCUCUCUGUGGGAAAAGCGAAGUGAGUUGACUGCAGCCGAUUUAAUGGCAUUGAGGCGGGAAAUGGACUCCUGGUUAGAAAUAAUGAGUGAUGUGGGGUUCCUACUAGGCUCUGGCAUGCGUCUUCGAGAUGCACAUUCAGGGCCGCCUUUGACUAGCACAUACUCCAAGCCUUCGACAUACAACUUCGACAGCACCACAUCCAAUGGAAAUGGAGCCUCUGUAUCUGCAUAUCUUCCAGCAGAUGACCAUCUACCGCACCAGCAGACGCCCUACCCACAAGCGACACAAUACCAGAACUAUGCCGAGUCUGCAAGCUCCGCGUACACACCACAAGAAAACCACCAAUACACACCAUAUACUGCCUCUGGAACACAAGAAGCACCUAUCCUCGCGGGUUUUGCAACACAAGCCAGCCAAAUCGCCCCAGAUAAUUGGCAGCGGCGCGACUCGCAAAUCCCCAGCUCGAGUUCACAAGCAUGGCAGCAGUGGGCAAACACCCUGACCAAUUCCCUCGAUCCGCAAGAAAGUUAUUCAGCCACUGCUUUGAUGCAACUUGGAGCGGGAGUCAUACAUACAAACGUCGCGCAAUCAACGCACGAGAUGGCGACGAGUUCGGCGGAGGUCCUAGAUCAGGGACACCUGGCGGGGCAAGUCCAGUGGCCGUUGAAUAUCUUUGAUACAGGAGCUGGUGCUGGAGGUGAAGAAACGCGAUAG